AGAGAGAGAGAGAGAGAGAACUAACUCAAGGCAAACUGGUUUUGCGUUUAAGGGGGAGGGUGAGAGAAAAAUACAUUUCUGAGCUUAAAUCAAGCGAAAGGAAUCGGGUUAAUACAGAAACCGGAAUAUAUCAAUAUUUACCGCAGCAAAAAUAGAUAACGGGUGAGACAUUAGACCGCAGAUAUGACAGUAGGUUCUUGACCAAAUAAAAUCAACGUUGGAAGACUUAAGGAAUCUUGUGACACAGAAGAGCUCUCUCCGGAACAGUAUCUGAAUGCAGGCGGUGGAGGUAGGCAGGAUGAAGCGACAGACAGCGGGACUCCUGCUGCUGUUAUUGAUUAGCAGCGCGCUCGCCAGUAAAGCCAAUAAGCACAAGCCAUGGAUUGAGACGGAGUACCAGGGGAUUGUGAUGGAGAAUGACAACACUGUGCUGCUGAACCCACCUCUGUUUGCCCUGGACAAGGACGCACCCCUGCACUACGCAGGUGAGGUGUGUGGAUUCCGGGUGCACAGUGGGGGGAGCAGCGUCCCCUUCGAGGCUGUGGUGCUGGACAAGUCGACAGGGGAGGGUCUGAUCCGCGCAAAGGAGCCGCUGGACUGCGAGGCCCAGAGGGAGCACAGCUUCACCAUCCAGGCAUACGACUGUGGAGAGGGGCCAGAGGGGACCAACAGCAAGAAAUCACACAAGGCCACAGUGCACGUGCGAGUGAAUGACGUAAACGAGUUUGCCCCGGUGUUUCUGGAGCGCCUGUACCAGGUGUCGGUGAGCGAGGGCCGGCUUUACGACAGGAUCCUCAGAGUGGAGGCCAUCGAUGCAGACUGCUCUCCGCAGUUCAGCCAGAUCUGCUUCUACGAGAUCCUCACUCCCAACAUGCCCUUCACCAUCGACAACGACGGUAACAUUAAGAACUCUGAGGUUCUUGAUUUCCGCAGGCAGCGGUUGUAUCGCUUCUCCGUCACGGCGUACGACUGCGGCAAAAAGCGUGCGGUGCAAGACAGCGAGGUGCAGAUCGAGGUGAAACCGACCUGCAAACCAGCCUGGACAGGCUGGUCGAAGCGGAUCGAGUAUACCCCUGGCUCUGGCAGUGUCUCCCUGCUUCCCAGCAUGCACCUGGAGACCUGCGAUGAACCGGUUUGGAACAUCCAGGCCACUAUAGAGCUGCAGACCAACCACAUCGGCAAGGGCUGCGACCGGGACAGCUACUCUGACCGCUCUGUGAGACGGCUCUGCGGUGCAGUGCGCGGGGAGGUGGACCUGCUCCCGCCCCCUUCCCUCUCUACCAAUUGGACUGCAGGGCUAACCACGGUGCCCUCCCCAGAUUCGUCGCUGGUGUUUGUGUUCAAUGGCUCGGUGCGGCAGGCGUGCGAAGUGCCCCAGUCCGCGUUGCGUGAGCUUGGCGUGUCAGCUGGAGACCACUUCACUCUGCAGCUAUGGAUGAAACAUGCCAGCGGCAACCAGCCGGCACAGCAGCAACACGGCCGGGCCAGAAAAGAGGAGGAGAGCAUCAUCUGUAACACCGUCAGGAAUGAUGACUCGUUCUCUCACUACUCUCUCUCGGUGCACAGCUGUCGUCUGUCCCUCUUGUACUGGCCGCAGCUUACCAGCGCUAGACCUGUCAAGUUCCUCUGGAAGCUGGAACAGGUGUGUGAUGAUGACUGGCACCACUACGCUGUGAAUCUGGAGUUCCCCACAGUCACGCUCUACGUGGACGGAGUGACCUAUGACCCCGCUCUCAUCCAUGACAAUGGCCCCCUGCGUCCCCCUGCCCCCCGCCCCCGCCUAGUCAUCGGAGCCAGCUGGACAGAAGAAGCUCAGAAGGGAAGCACUAACGGUAGUGAGUCUGAGCAAGACCUCGCCCCCCCUCAGUUCCAGUCUCAUUUUCGGGGUCUGCUGGCGGGGUUCACUGUGCGGCCGGGUCGUGUGGAGCCCCACAGUGUCAUAGAGUGUCUGUAUGCCUGCCGAGAGGGGCUGGACUUCGGGGACCUCGAGUCGCUGGGGUCGGGCAUGAAGGUCCAUGUUAAUCCUACACAGUCCAUGCUAAUUCUUGAGGGCGAUGACAUUGAGAAUUUCAAUCGGGCGAUUCAGCAGAUCACAUAUCGGAACUCUCUGAGAUUCGCAACCCCUGGGGUCCGUCCACUGAGGAUAUCCACAUCACUCAGGUGUUUCAGUGAGGAGGGCUGUGUCUCAAUUCGUGAUGUUGAGGGGUACCUGGUGGUCCUGCAGCCGGACGCACCUCAGAUUUUUCUCUCUGGGAUGGCUCACUUCGCAUUGCCCGCCUCUGAAUUCGAGACCCCCCAGGGGGUGCCCCUCUUCUCUGAGUUGAGGAUCACCUGCUCCCUGUCCCACUCCAUCAACACAGCUAGCCAGGGUAUGGAGGGCGGAGCUCUCAUGUCAGAUGCAGUGGCGCACACGCUCGAUGGCUGUGAGGUGUCUCCGGUGGGGGAGGAGCUAGACCUACAGAGGGAGGAGCUUAUUCUCGACCCUGAGUCCGUGAAGGAGAAAGGACUGGAACUGAUCAAUAACACGGCUUACAUCGCAAUAUCAGGUGCCGAGUCGAUCUCAGUAUACGAGGAUCUUUUGCGUUCGCUGCGUUAUCGGAUCUCUUUCGGUGCCGCUCUGUAUGAGAGGAAGUUCCGGCUGUCCUGCACGGAAAUGAACGGACGCUACGCCAGCAACGAGUUCUCAGUGGAGGUGAAUUUCCUGCACAGUGUUGACGCUGGUCAGUCGCACCCCAAUCACCUGCUGUCCUCUCAGCAGUUUAUGCCCCCCUUGAGACACAACCUGCCCCCUGAACUCACGGGACACAACCUGGCCAACGCACAACGUAACUCAGUUGUUCCUGGUGCUGCAACCGUCAUCAUCGUUGUGUGUGUAGGCUUCUUGGCUCUCAUGGUUGUUUUGGGAAUAUUCCGGAUUCGCUCUAUUCACCGCCAAGAAACAAAGGAAGGAAGCAGUGGAGGGAAGGAGGGUGAGAUAGACUGGGACGACUCGGCUCUCACCAUCAUUGUCAACCCAAUGGAGUCCUACGAGUUACAGCACGGAGUCGCCGCUGAGGGCAAGGAAGAGAAGGAGGAGAAGGGAGAAGAGGGGGAGGAGUCUCUGGAAUCACUGCCCGGCGACGCCCCCGACAACCAACGAAUCAUCAUCAAGCUUGACGGCUGAGACCACAACCCCCGGCACUACUGAGAGGGGCAGCAAGGAGCAGAGGAGGCUGGGAAACUGGGCUGGGCGGCCAUUCUACCUUUCACUGCUUCAUAGGCUGGAACAGACGCCUUCUCUACUGUAAAUCUCAACCCAAAUUACCACUUCAUCUAUAGAGAAGUCCAGUGAUGGCCAUUUUGGCUCUCACUCCUCCGCAAUAUAGGAGUCUGUCUCUAUGCCAGAGCCAGAAUGGUGUCAGUUUCAUAGCCUCAUCUGCUUCUUAUGCGGACACACCAAACACAUCGUGCUAUCUCAUUAGCUUUGUUUGUUUGUUUAGUCAAAGUUUGUAACAUUUCAAGGGAUUUAUGAUUAUUAUCGGGGCCAAUCUCAUGCUGUUUUAUGAUUAUUAUGAUGGUUAUCAUUCUCACUGCAUUUCUGUAUACAUUGACUGAUUCCUCCAUUGUUAUUAUUAUUAUUAUUAUUAUUAUUAUUAUUAUUAUAUCCAUAGUCAUAAGGUUAACACUACUCAGUGCUAUUGACAGUGGAAGCCUGCAGGUUCUAAGCAUGGCGAGACACACACUGCAGACAGAACACAGUCGAACUGCACAGCUUUAAGGAAUGUUUAACUGUUUGAUAUGUCAGCUUUGUGAUUGUAUAACGUUUGUAAAUAAUAAUGGUGCACUGAAAUGUGUCGGUUUUGCGUGUUCGUUGGGGUCACUUUCACCUUGAAACUCCAUUCAAAUACUGCAGUCCAAUCACUCAAUACAGACUCCCCUGCGCUGUACACGCCUCACCACUCCCCUGUGCUGUACCCGCCUCACCACUCCCCUGUGUGUGUCUUGUAUCCUCUCCUGCUGUUUGUGCUCAGAUCACUACACUAUGUCCUCUUUAACCUGGAUAGGAAGCAGUUUUAUUUUUGUAGAAAUGUUCCAUUCACUGACUCACAGCCACCACAGUUGCAGAGGGGGCAGAAAUUCUAACUCCACCCCAAACGUCCCCCCACCAGUGAUCAUUUUGAAAACUGCGCCCUUCAGAAAUGAAUUCAGCUUUUGGAGUCUUUUCAGAAGCAGACCCCAGUGGUUGGAAAGAUCAUCAGUUUAGAGAAACUGACUGGCUUCAGGAUAAUCCACUUUCCACUUCCUUUAAAAUGAUUGUGUGUGAUCAUUGUUCCCUCUCUACCCCAGUCCCUUCUUUCUUUCUUUCUCCUCUCCCCUUCUGUCUCAUCUUGUCUUGUGAUCUUUUUGAAGACUCUGUAUUUGACCCGUGUCUGUUGCUACAAAUUUCAAAUGAAAAAUAAUUUUAAAAAAAGAAUCAUUAUAAUGAAUAUGAAUUCUCAAUAAAGAUAUUAUUGAACUGAUGUCAAAACUA